AUGGUAUGGCAUAUGAGACAUAAAGAGGAAGAAUGGCUACCAUGUAUACUAAUGAAAUGGAGAAUACAGAGAAUGAAAAGAUCCGAGAAAACAUGGGAAGGGGAUGAAAAGAAGCACGAGACAAUGUGGCAUGACAAAGAGAGCUCCUCAUCAUCAGUCCUAACAUAUCGAUNGCAACCAAAAAAUGGUCCAAAGCGUUCUAGUGAUAAUUUUGAUGAUCAGGGUGUUCGUACUUAUUAUCCUGCAAAUAAUGGUGGUAAUUAUGCUCCACAACAGCAACAACAAGUGCAAAUACAACAACAACCUGUCAAUCCACCCAAGUCCUACUAUAAUCAGCAUCAUUUGCCGCAAAAACAUCAGCCACAACCUCACUUUCCAUCGGCAAGACCUCAACAACAUCACUCUCCACCACCGCCACCACAACAACAACAGUAUGCUCCGCCGCCACCACAUUUGAGGCCACAUCAUCCUCCGCCCAAUUUUGAGCAGAGCCAUGGAUAUAUACCAAAGCAAGCAUCGCAACAAGCAGUGCCUUACUUCCAUCAACCUGAACAACUGCCUCCACAGCAUCCGCCUCCCGCUGCAAUUCAUAAACCAAAUCGUGAAGCUCAAGGAUACGAUUCUAAUCGAUGGGGGAGUGUCGAAGACGGUGGAUACGGUCAAGGAUAUGAAGCACCCAAGGGAGUGACUAUAACAUUUGGAUCUAAUCAGGGUGGCUACGGAGGAUCAGAUUAUCAUUCCCAUGGCGGCCAUCACGUAGAACCAUUUAGUGUGAUCAAAAGUUUAUUCUUACCAUUUUUGCCUAAACCAAAAGUGAAUUUAAACGGUCGUGUAGUUUUUGGCGUGGUGCUAGAAAAAGGAGUGGGUUUAGGAGGAAAUAAAGGUGAAGGAGGUGUAUCUGUAGGAGGAUAUCAUUAA